GGCGGGAGGCGACGGGGCGGAGGCAGGGAAGGAGGGGAAGGCGGCUCCGCACAGCCAAGAUGGCGGCGGUGGAGCUGGAGUGGGUGCCCGAGACGCUCUACAACACGGCCAUCUCGGCCGUCGUGGACAGCUACGGGCGGGCGCGGCGCCGCGACAUCCGCUCGCUGCCCGAGAACAUCCAGUUCGACGUGUACUACAAGCUUUACCAACAGGGCCGCUUGUGCCAGCUGGGUAGUGAAUUUUGUGAACUAGAAGUUUUUGCAAAGGUGCUACGAGCUUUAGAUAAAAGACAUCUGCUCCAUCACUGUUUCCAGGCUCUGAUGGACCAUGGAGUCAAGGUUGCUUCUGUCCUGGCCUAUUCCUUCAGCAGACGGUGCUCCUACAUUGCAGAGUCAGAUGCUGCUGUGAAAGAAAAAGCAAUCCAGAUUGGCUUUGUUUUAGGGGGGUUCCUGUCAGAUGCAGGCUGGUACAGUGAUGCUGAGAAGGUUUUCCUUUCCUGCCUUCAGCUGUGCACCCUCCACGAUGAAAUCCUUCACUGGUUCCGUGCCGUGGAGUGUUGUGUGAGGUUGCUGCACGUUCGGAACGGGAACUGCAAGUACCACCUGGGAGAGGAGACGUUCAAGCUGGCGCAGUCCUACAUGGACAAGCUGGCCAAGCACGGGCAGCAGGCCAACAAGGCGGCGCUCUACGGGGAGCUCUGCGCCCUGCUCUUCGCCAAGAGCCACUACGACGAGGCCUAUAAGUGGUGCAUAGAAGCCAUGAAGGAGAUCACAGUUGGGCUGCCUGUAAAAGUAGUGGUGGAUGUGCUACGGCAAGCAUCAAAGGCCUGCGUGGUGAAACGGGAGUUCAAGAAGGCUGAGCAGCUCAUAAAGCAUGCCGUGUACCUUGCCAGGGAGCAUUUUGGAGCCAAGCACCCCAAAUACUCCGACACGCUACUAGACUACGGAUUUUAUUUGCUCAACGUAGACAAUAUCUGCCAAUCUGUUGCCAUCUAUCAGACAGCGCUCGAUAUCCGGCAGUCAGUAUUUGGAGGUAAAAACAUCCAUGUAGCUACAGCUCAUGAAGAUUUGGCUUAUUCUUCAUAUGUUCACCAGUACAGCUCUGGGAAAUUUGACAAUGCACUAUUCCAUGCUGAACGUGCUAUUGGCAUUAUCACUCACAUUCUCCCAGAAGACCAUCUCCUCUUGGCCUCUUCAAAGAGAGUUAAAGCUCUUAUCCUGGAGGAGAUUGCCAUAGACUGUCACAACAAGGAGACAGAGCAGAGGCUGCUCCAGGAGGCUCAUGACCUGCACCUCUCCUCCCUCCAGUUGGCUAAAAAAGCCUUUGGGGAGUUCAACGUGCAAACAGCCAAACACUACGGCAACCUGGGCAGACUGUAUCAGUCCAUGAGGAAGUUCAAGGAAGCAGAGGAAAUGCACAUCAAGGCCAUCCAGAUCAAGGAGCAGCUCCUAGGGCAGGAGGAUUAUGAAGUUGCCCUCUCCGUGGGCCAUCUCGCCUCCCUUUACAACUAUGACAUGAACCAGUAUGAAAAUGCUGAAAAGCUUUAUCUGAGAUCCAUAGCAAUUGGAAAGAAGCUUUUUGGUGAAGGAUACAGUGGACUUGAAUACGAUUACAGAGGUCUCAUUAAACUGUACAAUUCCAUUGGCAAUUACGAGAAGGUGUUUGAGUACCACAACAUUUUGGCCAAUUGGAACCGGUUGCGGGACCGGCAGUUCUCGGUCACGGAUGCGCUGGAGGACGUCAGCACCAGCCCCCAGUCCACGGAAGAAGUGGUCCAGUCUUUUCUGAUGUCUCAGAGCCUCGACGGACAGAGCAGCUAAGAACUUGGUCAAUUAACCAGUUAAGGUUUUUUCCCCCAGGUUACAGGGGGAAAAGUCAUACUGUGAAAUCUAAACCAUGUAGUUCUCUGGGGGCUGGAAUUUGCGUUGAAACACUGGUCCAGUCUACUGAAGAGUGCCCAUACGGAUGAAUGUGUGUUAAAUUCCUCUCAGCAUGUGUAUGGCAUGUUUAGUUCGGCUCACAUUUUUAACUUGGUAUUCCCAAAAAAAAAAAACCCCCUUCUUUCUCUCUUCUUUCAAAAGAAGCUACUUUGCAGAAAGUCUGCAAGAAAACAUUAAAUAAAACUGUUUGAGUUGAAAAGAGUUGCAUUCUUAUUACAGAUGGAAGGUUUCAUCGAGAGCUUUCUGCUGAUUCCCAGAGAGAACAAAAGCUGUACUCUGAGGAGCUGUAGGAGAAAGGUCUUGCUGCUGUAUCAUUGUAGCAAAGUUCAUGGUAAAUAGCCAGCAAAGGGAGGAUGUGCUGGCCUUGGCUGCUGCCUUACCAAGAAAAGUGGCAAAGACCCGCUCUGGAGAGCACCAUCCGCUCGUUGUGUGCCACCUGUGCUGCUGUGGAUGCCCUGAACUGGACCAGAACAGAUCCCAUAGACCAGCACCCACAGUGUCCUUGGUGCCACCACCAGUGCUCCCCUGAGCAGGACCAGGACACCACAGUGGACCAGCCUGCUAGAAACUGCUUUUGGACCAGUGGCUUUAAUUUAAUAUUUCUGCCCCUGCAUUCACUUUGACAGUAGAACUCUCUCAUUUAGGUGUCUGAUCAGUGCAAAUGAUAUCCAUGUGAUAGAUCCAGAGCUAGGAAGUGAAUUGAUGGUUUGUCUGUACCCAGUGAGCUUCUGCAGAGAUUCCUGGCAGUGCUGCAGCUCCACACGCUCCACUCUGCUGCAGCCACUCCUCCUCUCCUCUCCCACGGGCUCUUUCUCUGCUAACAGAGGCCAUACCGUGUUUAUACCAGUGAAGAGUUUUGUAUUCCAAUCCAGUUCCAUUUUCUGUUUCUGGAGAACACAACUUACUGUACAGUUCGCAGGGGUCAGUGAAAAAUGCCAAAAAGCACAACAGGUCUUUUUUUUUGUGAUGCUUCAUUUCUACAUUAAACAAGAGUACAACCAGAAACCGAUUCCUUACGUUAAUUUACGAAGCAGAGCUCAGCUGUACAGACCCUCUGAGAAUGCCUCUCUCACUAGCUUGUCUUAAUUCUUCUUCUGUUGGGGGCUGUGUGGUUGUGUGGGUUUGGGUGUUGUUUUAUUUCCUAAUGUUGGGUAAUAUUUGAAAGUCUGUGUACCACAAACUAGAACCGACUCGCUGCUGUUCCCUCAGCUGUGCCAGUGGCACCAGCAGUGCCCUGGAUCUGGGAUUCUGUGGGUUCUGUCAGUUUUGGGGGUUUCUCUCCCCCUCUUUUCAGGGUUUGUACCUUGGCCAGUCGCUGCUGGGGCUGGGCCGGCUCUUCCCGCGGGACUGGGACUGGAUGUUCUGCUUGGGGUCUGGUUUUUCAUUGGUUUAUGGGGUUUGUGGCAGGGAAAGGUGCUGGAUGAUCUUCAGGGAAGAAACAGAGGUUUUGGACAUGACUUGGAGCUUAAUGGCUCUUCUAAGAAAUGAAAUUUUACAGGCCAAUAGUUCAUAUUCUGGUGCCUUCAAGUGUUUUUUUGAGGGGGAAAGGCUGAGUAAUAUCAACUUUUAAAUGCAAUGACGUAAUUAGUGAAUGCAGAUUAAUGAUUGCAUACUUCGAAUAUCUUCACUGAGGUGAAAAGAAGUAUUUGCAUAAAACCCCCUGUGGUAUUAGGACUUAACUGCAGUGUGUCUGCAACAGCUGCUCAGUGAAAAUCCAACUUAGUUAUGUGUGGAUUUAAAAUGUGAUUUAUUUAUAGCAGUUUUUGUUUUUGACUGUGUAGGAGCUACAGACAAAUUCAGCUAUACAAGGCAAAACCUUCUCCCUGAAUGCCCAUGGCACUGACAAGUUAUAAAGUUCUUAUGAGUUCUUAAGUCCUAUUAAAAGGUAUUUAAAGUUAAACAAAGUACGUAACAGUGUCAGGACUUGGGCAGGAAAGUGGCUUAAAGCUGUCCUGAAGAACCUGAGUGAUUCUGUACUGCAGAAGUGUUAGUGCUCCCAGCUGGGUACAUGGGUUUACACUGACAUGGGCUGGAGAUCAUUUACCCACUCCAUGUUCCCAGUCUUGUGGUCUCCAGCUUUUGGCUAAGGAAUCCCAAAGGUGUGUUUGGGAUGAGGAGCAUUAUUUGACUGACACCAGUCAGUGGCCUGCGUGACCCACUGCUCUUGUGCCAGCCCUGGUUGUGUGUCCUUGUUCAUGGUUUGCCUUCAGGUCAGGGCAGCUUCUGGUGUGGGCAGCCUGGGGAAGAGCCGUGCUUCCUUCCAGAACCAAACCCAUCCCUGCAGUUGUUUUGUUGGUGGCCCCACUCCCAGCUCUGGUGGCCGUUCCUCCGUGUCCUUCCCCAGAGCUGCCUCAGCGCGGUGCCUGCCCCGGGCAUUGGCUGGGCUGGCAGGAAGGAAGGUCCUGACGCUCCCUGGGAAUCCCUUUGGCAGAGGACUUGGCCAGGGGCUGUUGUGGUGAUCCUUGAGGGCUCCAGCGUGUUCCUCCUGUGCCUGCAGUGAAUCCUGGCUGGGGCUGAGCUGCCCCUGCAGCUCCAUCGUGCUGGGGCAGGUCCCUUCUGGCUGUGGCUGAUCGCUGACGCUGCUGGAGCAUGGCGGGUUGGCAGGAUGAUGCUGCAGCUGCCAGGGACAGCUCUGCUGCCUCCUGGGACAGCUCUGCUGCCUCCUGGGACAGCUCUGCUGCCCCUGCUCAGGACCUGCAUUUGUGGCUGGGAUGGCACAGAACUGAUCCUGUGGGGUUUGGUUCUGUGUCUCCCAAGUGGAGCUGUUGGAAAGUUCUGUGUUGGCACCUGGAACCUCUCUGGGAUGCUGUGCUGCCGCUGUUUCUGUCGCUCUCUCUGCUCUCACAGUUUGUUUGGUGCUUUUGAGGAGUGGGAAGCUGCUGGGGUGGUGCCAGAGGCAGGUAAAGGACUGGUUGGGGUGGAUCUUGUAGCAAGACUCCAGUCCUGCCCCGCUCUGCCCCGGCAGAGCUGCAAGCAGGGGCUGCAGUGCCCUCUGUUCCCCUCUGGGGUUUUCCAGCGCCCCGUGGCUCCUCUCUCCCCUCCUGCCGUAGCCCAGGGCGGGUUUUCCGUGCACGGCUGGGUCAGUGCUGGGCUGGGGCCUGGCAGGUGGAACGUGGAUCCAGGAAUGAAUGGUUGGCAUUUCUAGAUGCACAACGUGCCCAUGCAGGGGCUGUUGGUGCUGGCAGUGAAAGGGCAGACCUGGGAGUGGCAGUCCUGUGAAAUGCAUCUUUUCCUUGAAGGUGAGUAAAGGAAUCACCCCAGAGUCACUGGGUGCAAGUGGUGAGCGCGGGUGUCACCUUAAGGUAAAUUAUUUUCACUAUUGAUGAAGUUAAACCCUCAAUAUUUUACUUUGUGUGAGGUUGUUUGGGUCAGUGAGGGGGGAGUUUGCUCGAGGUGCCAUUGCUGCUUCUCAUGGUACAAAAUGCACAUUGAAGUUCAUUCCCUUUUUCAGUCCUGAGCGUGGGAGAGCACAGGAAGGAAAACUCUGUGCCUCAAAUGGGGGAAGCUGUUGGCAAAACCUCCCUUGGGUGAUGUGGAUGGGCUGGACUCAGGCAGUGCAGGGCAGGUGCUGCUGGUACCAACCUUUCAGCAGAUCCUUCCUUCUGCUGCCUGUGCAGAACCUGAUUUUAUCUGGAAGUCCUUGUUCCCUUAUAAGAAAAUUCAGUUCAAAGCUGCCCCUGCACUGUGGGGUGUGUUUGACACUCCUGGCCUGGGGCCCUUGUGCCACUGGGCCCCGGGAGGGCUUCGGGGAGAAGCGGGGAAAAUUUCCUUUAUGCAGAAAUAAACUCCAAUACCUACAAAGAAUUGGCAGCACUGGGAAUGCUUUUGUCCCUAAAUCUCAGGAACGUUUUGGGCAGUGACGCAGGUGUCCCUGGGUGGUGUAAAGUGUGUGCUCUAGGGUCUCGUAUUCCACUACUCCUUGCAAUCCUCGGUAUCUAUAGCAUGAGUGGCCUUAGUGAGUUUGUUGAAGUGCACAUUUUUUUUUUUUUUCUUUUCAAAAGUAAAUUUUAAGAUGAAAAAGAUAUAUACUAUAUAAAUAUAUAGAGAUAUUUAGAAACUUGGUUUGUGGUGCACAAGUUCAGUGUUGGAUCGCUAAAUACUCGUCGCAGGUACCAUAUGUGUAACUUUUCUGUAUAUUCCUUUCUGGGAAGCAAUGUUGCCAUGGUAAUUACAACUUUACAAUUUCUUUACUACUUAAUGAUGUGAAUGAAUUCUACAUUUUAUUGAAUAUUACCAGGUUCAGUACUAUUUUUAUACUUUAUUGAACUACAGGGGAUUUUAAUUUAAUAGCAUUAAAAAAAAAAGAAAAAUAUGUUGCUUGAACUGUAUAACUGUAUAAAUUGAACUACUUACACAAACCCACCUCUAAACCAGAAUCUCCACCUGUAGUGCCACGUUCAUUUAUAUAAAAGUAUCUUGCUCAUUACUAGACCUUGCAGCCCCCCCUCCCUGUUGUGUCAGGAUGGAGGUUUUGUACCCCACUUCUCCCUGCCAUCCUUUGUGCCCACGGAGCCAUCCUCUGUUUGUAACCAGCAUUGUGAUAUUCUGUAACUGUAUUGCUCAAAUGAAAUAUUGACCUAAUAAAUAGAGUGUUCCCGCA